CCGGCGCACAAGCCAUGAAUAUAUGCCUGUGCCACUCCGCAAAGGCUCCGUCAGCUCAGCCGCAGCAUAGCACAGCAGAGAGGACGCCAUUGCAGCCAGGGCAAGCACAAAGACAGCUCGAAAACUUGGCGGGGAGAUAGUUCGGCUAGCUCAAGGUAUCCAUGGAAAGCAAGGCACCCUCGUGAAGCCCCGGCAACGAUCUCGAGGCCUACAAAUACCCGGCGGCUCAGGCUCUUCCAUCUCAUCGAGUAGAGGAAGAAGCACUUGUGCUGUUGUGCAAUCUUGAUCGGUCUUGUGGCUGUCUAGCUAGGGAGUUAAUUUGGUUUUGCAGUGAUGGCGAAGGGUGCGGGUUACGGGCUUGGGUUCGCGUGCUUCGCUCUUGUGGCGGCGAUGGCCGGCGCGGCGCAGUUCAAGGUCGGCGGCGACAGCGGGUGGAGCGUGGCCGGCGCCAGCAAGGAGUCGUACAACACUUGGGCGAUGAAAAACAGGUUCCAGGUCGGAGACACACUAGUGUUCGUGUACCCCAAGGACAAGGAUUCGGUGCUGGUGGUGCAGCCGGCGGACUACAACGCCUGCAACACGUCGUCGUACGACAAGAAGUUCGCCGACGGCAACACCGUCUUCAGCCUGGACCGCCCCGGCGCCUUCUUCUUCGUCAGCGGCGUCGAGGCCAACUGCCGCGCCAACGAGAAGCUCAUCGUCAUGGUCCUCGCCGGCCGCAACGACACA